UCGCUCUUUUUUUCUUCUUUUGAGCAAUGCUUAUCGCUCUUCCGGUCUUCUUUUUCGUUCUACGGUGGACGUGGGCUUGGGCCCUAAAUCGGCCUCACUCAGAGGCGGCUGAGGGAGUAGGUUCCUCGCGUUCAGGACAGAGGGAGGCGAGAGCGCGAGACUCCACCGCGUCCAGUGGCGCGGCGGCAUGGAGGGAGGCGAGUGCGCCCUGGACGCCGCCGCGAUAGACGAGGACACCCUAAACUACGACGGCGAUGACGUCGAGAUGGCCGACGCGGACUCGGACGCGGAGGAAAUCCCCGCCGCUGAGGUCUCCGCCGCCACCGGAGGAGGCGGCGGCGGGCAGGCGGAGAAGGGGGGACCGGAAGGCAAGAGUAAGAAGAAGAAGAAGAAGCGGAAUAAGGGCAGGAAGAGGAACAAGGGGAGGCAGGAUGGACCGCCCACCAACAUCGCCGACAUUAAUCGAUUUGUUCUUAGCACUUGCAAGCGCUUGAAGGAGAAAAAAUCGUACCUUGUCUGGAAUGCUGUUGGAUGCCUUGGGGUUUCUGCUGUCAGUGAUCUUGUUACAGAAGUUGAGGCUAUUCAGAAGUGUGGUGGGCAGACAAUUGCUGAUGGAAGUCGUUUCCGCACUGGCGGUGGAAUUCUCUGGAACAUCUUGAAGUCACGGGAGCCAAAGGCAUACAAGGAAAUCAUGGCAAAGGGAAAGGAACUUGAGAAGCAGUUUAGCUGUAAGAAAGUCGGACCACAGAUAAGCAGAAAUGAAGAUGCAAGUUCACAGGGCAGUGCAUUAAUUGAUGAUGAAAUCGAAGCGCACAUACAGAAGGAAGUAUUGGAUGAUCCUGAGCAGUUAGUCGAUGUGGAGAAGGCACCUCCAUCAGAUAAUAAAGCUGAGCGUAAACCUCUGGCGGACAGGAUUCGUAUGCCCGUGGCUUACGAUGAUCUAUUUGAAGAGGGAGAGAUACACGAAGGAGAACCACAAAAGUGAGGCAUUUCAAAGGUUUUGCCAUGACAUGAGCUGUGAACUCUAGAUGUGCUCAGAAAACAACAGCAGAGAAUGGAAAGAGGAUAUGUGUUGACCAUCACUGCACUGAAGCAUUUUUUUUCUCCUAAACAUCAACCCGCUUGCUCUUGCUGUGAUGCGUGUGACGGCUGAGUUUUUUGUUACGCGAAGUAAAACCAAUGUUGGGCCUGAAUUGAGUGUUCAACGAAAAUCAUGGUUAUACAAUUAUUGAUGUAUAAUAUAGUUAUCUUGUUUCUUUGUUCA